UUAAUGGCUGCAUAUUCUAUGACAGCAAGGUCACAAUCGUUGUCGACCUCCGACGCGCAGCCCUUCCCUCAGAAGCUAAGCAACGACCCCGUCACGAACAAAGCCGCGCAAACGACCGUUACAUGCGUGUACCAAACGCACAUCGCGGGCUUCUGGCGAAACGUGACCGUCUUAUGGGGGAAGAAUCUCAUGAAUUAUUCGUUGAGCAUAUCGGUCGACAGUGUCGAAAAGGAAGGCGUCUACACGUGUAAAAUCGACCUAAAACCUUGGCAUUUUUGGGCCAAGAAAGGGUACAAAGCGUUCGAGGUCGACGGGAAUCAAAUGGAGGCGUAUUGGGAUUUAAGAUCCGCGAAAUUCUCCGGAAGCCCGGAGCCCGUAUCGGAUUUCUACGUCGUGUUAGUGUCCGAGGAAGAGGUUGUCUUAUUGUUGGGAGACCUAAAAAAGAAAGCCUAUAAAAGGACGAAAGCUAGGCCGGCACUUGUGGACGCGAUGCUGUUUUAUAAAAAGGAGAAUGUUUUCGGGAAGAAAUCUUUUUCGACUAGGGCUAAGUUCGAUCGGAAAAAAAAGGAGCACGAAAUUGUGGUGGAGAGCUCCACUUCGGGCCCUAAAGAUCCCGAGAUGUGGAUUAGCAUCGACGGGAUUGUGUUGGUGCACAUUGUGAACUUGCAGUGGAAGUUUAGGGGCAAUCAGACGGUACUAGUGAACAAGCAGCCGAUACAAGUGUUUUGGGAUGUGCACGCGUGGUUGUUUUGCGGGCCCGGAUCUAAUCACGGGCUUUUUAUUUUCAAGAAUGGCGAGGGCGAAGGGGAGAGCGACGAGGAGGUGGAGGGGGAGGAGGACGAGAACGGGAGCAAAGGGGACGAGAGCGAGUGCAGUGAGAAUAGCAAGUAUUUCUCGACGCAUAGCUACUCGAAGGACUCGAAGUUUUGCCUUUUUCUUUAUGCAUGGAAGAUUGAGUGAGAGAA